UGUGUCUUAGUAUGGGUGUCAAUCUUUAAUCCAUUUAAUUCCUACACUCACAUCAUUCUGAGUAUGAUUAGAAUCAAAUCAUCUAGACAAUUAGAGAAGAAUUCAAAUUAACCGACGAGUUCUUAAAGCAAUGAAAAAACCUUUUUUGAUAAACUCUGCUCGCUCGGACAUCCAUUUAAUUGAUACCAUAACUUUAUUUGGAGGUUGUGAGUUACAGUAAUGUAUAUUAUAUGUUAGCAACAGUUAUUCCAUGUCAUGCACAUGAAUCACACAAUUCAAAGUUACUUUGACAAAAAUCAUCAUAUUCACCAGCAAGUAGUACUUUUCUAUUAGUUAAUAAGGAAGCUGUGUGUGAUAUUCGUGCCUAUAUCAUACUGCCAGUAUCAAGCCAUUCUAAAAGGGUAUGAGCGGUUCAGAGAAAGUUUUACGCUUUUCAUAAGGGGUAUUUUUAACUGACGUGAGUAGAACCAAACAGAUUAAGAAAGUUUUAUUUCCUCAAUUAACAUCUAAGUGUAACGGUAUAUUCUCUUUUUUUUGACUUCGUUUCGAAUUAUUGAAGAAAACAUUAUAACACUUGACAGUAAGAAGUAAUGUCUAGAUGUUAAAGAUAAGAGAUACCUGAUUUGACAGCGCUAGACGAUUAAAAUCUAGUUAGUUCUUAGCUGAACUACCAAUCAAUAUGAAAGACUUCUUAUUCAGACAUAGUAAAGACACCAAAUCAUUCUGAUUGAAAAAAAUAUGUUUACGAUCCAAAGAGAAAAGAGUGGACUUGAAAUAGGAAAAUACAUCAAAUUAUUUCAAAGUAGCCUACUGGAACUAUAGGUUCAAAGUAACUUCAAAUCAUAAAUGAACAAGCCUUUUAUGUGAGUUUAACAAUAGCUUCAAAUGAAUAAAGCAUAGAUAUGGAUUGACAUCAGUUCUUAUAAGUCACUUCUUCGUUUUUAGUUGUAUACCACACGUAAGAGUUUAUCAAAUACAGUGUGCACUCCAAAUGUUUUCUGUCAGUUCUGUAAACCGAUUUUCAUGGAGUGACUUUCAUGUGGUUUGUCCACUUAUUGUCACCGCAGGGUGAAUAUAAGUGUGGGUGUGAGUUUGCGGUGUGGGUGUGGGUGGGUGUGGCUGUGAAUGUGGGUGUGGAUGUGGGUGUGCGUGUGCGGGUAUAGGUGUGACUGUGGGUGUGUGUAUGGGGUGUGGCUGUGGGUGUGGGUGUGGGUGAGGGUGUGGGUGAGAGUGUGGGUGUGAAUGUGGAUGGGUGGGGUGUAGGUGUGUUUGUUUGGCGGUCGCUGUUUCUGGAUGUUGAUCUAAAAAGUGAAUAAAGAGACCAUCCACCCCAACACCCACACCCACACCCACACUCACACCCAUACCCACACCCACACCCACACCCACACCCACACCCCACACUCCACACUCCACACCCACACCCACACCCACCCACACCCACACCCCACACUCCACACCCACACCCUCCUCCUGAACCACUGAAAUCAUUAAUGUCAGGAACAACGCCUGAAUCGAAGCAUUUCUUGGAUAACAUUAGAAAAUACAAUUCCUGCUUUCAAAUGACAUCUUUUGACACGUCAGAGAAAGUGGCUGACCCAGGCUUCAUGCCUACUUUCAGAGUUCAGGGUCAAGUAUAUCAUCGCGUAGGAUCUCUGCUGCCGUCUUCGAAUGAAGAACAUAAAUUUCUUCAAAUUUACUUCAUGGGCGACGAUCGAAAAGAAGUGCAACAACGUUGCAAAAACAUGCCUGGCGUACGUCAAGACAUUGUCGAGAAACUGCAGCAAAUGGUUCAUGAGCACCACAUUUAUGUUGAUCUUUUCAACACUGCCCUUCAAAGAAUGCCUACAGAUCAAUACAAGUUGCUUAUUCGAGCAGACAUGAAACCUGUUGGAGAGCAUGCACGUCGUUUCAAUGAGCCAGUGACAAAUGAGGUGGCGGUUGUCAUCGCUGGCAACGACUUUGAGAAACGAGAUAUUGUCUUGGAGAAGAAAAAUGGCCAGUUACAGAGAGUAUCUGAGACACACAGAUCGUAUGAUGCCUUGCAAUAUCCUCUCAUCUUUUGGAAAGGUGAGGAUGGCUACCAUUUUCUUAUCGAACAGACUGAUCCAACAACUGAAAUGGCUGUCACUGGCAAAAAGGUGUCGGCUAUGAGUUUUUAUGCUUAUAGAAUUAUGGUACGAAAUGGUGCUGUCAAUCAUAUCUUACAGUGCCGACAACUUUUCCAUCAGUAUGUGGUUGACAUGUACGCAAAGAUCGAAAGUGAAAGAUUAUCUUUUCUACGUUAUAAUCAAAAAAAAGCUUAGAGUGGAUGAAUACAUUCACCUGAAAGAUGCUAUAGCCAAUGAUGGACGAGCUGACAAUCUUGGUCAAUUAGUGAUUCUACCAGCAACUUUCACUGGAAGUCCCCGGCACAUACAUAAAUAUACACAAGACGCUAUGACUUAUGUAAGAAACCACGGAAGACCCGACCUCUUCAUAACAUUCACCUGCAAUCCUAAGUGGCAAGAAAUUCAAGCAGAAUUAAUGGAAGGUCAAGCUCCCUCUGAUCGUCAUGACCUAUUAGCAAGAAUGUUCAGACAAAAGCUCAUUAAAUUGGUCAACAUUAUUACCAAAAGCCAUGUAUUUGGGCUAACAAGAUGCUGGAUGUAUUCUAUUGAAUGGCAAAAGAGAGGACUACCACAUGCCCAUAUUUUGAUAUGGCUGAAGAACAAAAUUAAAGCAGAUCAAAUAGAUAGCGUAAUCAGCGCAGAAUUACCUGAUCCUGAACGAGAUCCUCGACUAUUUGAAAUAAUUAUCAAGACUAUGAUUUACGGUCCAUGUGGAAGUAUCAAUCCAAACUCUCCGUGUAUGGAAAACAAAAAGUGUACAAAAAGAUAUCCAAAACAACUUUUGCAUGAUACAGAAACUGGUGAUGAUGGAUAUCCAUCGUAUAGAAGAAGAAGUUCAGAAGAUGGUGGUAUCAAAGCCAAAAUCAAAAUGAGAAUUAAUAACUCCAUUCAAGAAAUCGAAAUUGACAACAAGUGGGUUGUGCCAUAUUGUCCACUACUCUCUCGGGUCUUUCAAGCCCACAUUAAUGUGGAAUAUUGCAACUCGGUAAAAUCAAUCAAAUACAUCUGCAAAUAUGUCAACAAGGGCAGUGAUCAGGCAGUGUUUGGUUUGAGAAGAGAUGGAGCACCAGUUGAUGAAAUUAGUAACUACCAGUUAGGUAGACACAUCAGUAGCAAUGAGGCAGUCUGGCGAAUCUUGGAUUUUCCAAUUCACUAGCGAUAUUCAACCGUUGUUCAUUUGGCUGUUCAUUUGGGAAAUGGUGAAUGCAUUUAUUUCACCAAAGAUAAUGUUCAUGAGAAAGCUAAUGAACCACCAAGAACAACACUAACAGCAUUUUUCUUGCUCUGCCAGAAAGACGACUUUGCCAAAACGCUGUUGUACUGUGAUGUUCCAAAAUACGACACAUGGAACGCGUCUGAAAAAUUGUUUAAGCGACGUGUUCAAGGAACUGUUGUGCUUGGUCAUCCAGACAUUAGAGAAGGAGAUGUGUUGGGUCGUGUUUACACUGUGCAUCCUAAUAAUUUCGAAUGCUUUUUCCUACGACUCUUACUUCAUGUGGUCAGAGGCCCUACUUCAUUUGAAGCUCUUCGAACUGUAAACGGUCAGAUCUGUGCAACAUUUCGUGAAGCAUGUCAAUUACAUGGAUUACUGGAAGAUGAUCAGCAAUGGGAUGCCACCAUGUCCGAAGCAGCUGCAGCUCAAUCGCCAGCAAGAUUAAGAAAUCUAUUUGCUCUUAUACUAGCUGUUUGUGGACCAUCCAGUCCAAAACAAUUAUGGGAGUCGUACAAAGAAAGCCUGACUGAAGACAUUCUGACAAAUGCUCGCAGACAAAAUCCUGGAAUGAAUUUGGAUUAUACACCAGAUAUGUUUAAUCAUGCACUGAUUAUUAUUGAAAGAACUGGCAAAGCAAAGGUUCUGCAAGAAUGUGAACUUAUUGUAUGGGACGAGUGCACAAUGGCUCAUAUGUAUGCAUUAGAAGCUUUGAACCAUACUUUACAGGAUCUUCGUAACAAUGGAAAGAAUAUGGGUGGAGUAGUUGUACUUAUUGCUGGCGAUUUUAGGCAAACAUUACCAGUUAUUCCAAAGGGUACCAUGGCUGAUGAGCUAAAAGCUUGCUUGAAAUCUUCGUAUCUUUGGAGACAUGUUGUACCAUUAAAACUCAGUACUAACAUGAGAGUGCACUUACGAGGUGACGUAUCUGCCGAUCGUUUCGCUGAACAACUUCUCGCAAUUGGAAAUGGCAAAAUACCUGCUGACCCAGUCAGUGGACUUAUUAAUAUUUCAGACAACUUUUGCAAUAUCGUUGAAUCAGUCGAAGAACUCAAGAAUACAGUGUUUCCAAACAUUCAAACUCAGUACAAGGAUCACAAAUGGUUAUGUGAACGUGCUAUUCUGGCUCCGAAAAACGUCAAUGUAAAUGCUAUCAAUCUACAAAUACAGCAACAACUUCCUGGUGAAGCUAUAUCUUACAAAUCAAUUGAUACAGUUAAAGAUAUCGACAUGGUAGUUCAGUAUCCAACUGAGUUUCUUAAUUCACUCGAACCUUCUGGAAUGCCACCACAUAACUUGCGUCUGAAAAUUGGAUCAUCUAUUAUGCUCCUAAGAAAUCUGGAUGCACCAAGAUUAUGUAAUGGUACAAGGCUAUGUGUCAAAACUCUAAUGCCUCAUGUAAUCGAAGCAACGAUCAUGACAGGUUGUGCAAAAGGUGAAGAUGUAUUCAUACCAAAAAUACCUUUGCUCCCUUCUGAUAUACCAUUCGAGUUUACACGACUUCAGUUUCCAGUACGGCUUGCCUUCGCAAUGUCUAUUAAUAAGGCUCAAGGGCAAUCACUUAAAGUUGCUGGUGUCAAUUUAGAAACUCCUUGCUUUUCUCAUGGUCAACUUUAUGUGGCAUGCUCGAGAGUAGGAACGGGAAAGAAUUUGUAUGUUUUUGCUCUAGAUGGAAAAACGAAGAACAUCGUGUACAAUACAGCUUUACAAUGA